AACUCCCGCAAUACCUCUCUCCCCCACUAAGUCUGCUACAUCAAAAAGUACGUGGGACAGAUCCUCACCAUGUUUAUAACCGAAACAGUUCCUGAGGCAUUUUCUACUCCAGGCUGGCAGAUUGAAAAGAAAUAUUCAACCAGAGUGCUUGUUGGAAACUGGGUGGAAGAAAGGAGGAAGUUCACCAAAGCCACUGAGCACACACCCCAGUGUAUUCACAGGAAAGAGUAUGUCCCCUUCCCAGGCCAUAGACCGGACCAGAUCUCCAGGUGGUACUCGAAAAACAAAGUGGAGGGACUCCCAUACAAACACCUGAUGGCCCACCACGAGGAGCCCUCGAAUCACUAUCUGAUAAGCACCUAUGACGACCAUUACAAUCGGCACAAUUACAAUCCGGGUUUGCCUGCCGUGCGCACCUGGAGUAAACAGAAGUUGCUGUGGUUGCCAGAGAAGUCUGAUUUCCCGCUUCUUGUGCCCCCUACAAACUAUGGACUCUUUGAGCAGCUGAAGCAAAAGUGGUUCAUAUCCAAGACCGGCAUAAGGGACAGCAUCUAUACUUCGUCCUACCCCAGGCCACCAUUGUGCGCUAUGUCCAGGCGGGAGCAUGCCAUCCCAGUCCCUCCCCCUCGCCUUUACCCUAUCCCAAGGUUCUGAGAACUACCACUCCGCUUGCUGCCCAGCAAGAAUCAGCAGGAGACCU